UAUUAUUACUCUUGAAAAUAUUUUGCUUAGCGUUACUCUUUAUCCUCUUCCCCACGUGUACUGCCCUAUUGUUCUGGUUCUUCCCCGAGCGUCUAACGAGAACCAGAUCUUUGACCAAAAUUUUGUUUGAAGCUCAAAUUCGACAGUUGACAGAGUAAGUGUGUGAAGAUGAAGCUACUUGGAUGGUGGUUGAUGCUGGUGGGUUUACUUCGUUUAGCAUCGGUAUGGUUCGGAUUCUUCAACAUUUGGGCUCUUCGCAUUGCCGUUUUCUCCCAAACCACAAUGACUGAAAUUCAUGGACGGACAUUUGGAGUUUGGACAUUGUUGACUUGCACUCUAUGCUUUCUGUGUGCAUUCAACCUUGACAACAAGCCUCUGUAUUUGGCAACCUUUUUAUCCUUCAUAUACGCUUUUGGCCAUUUCUUGACGGAGUACCUCAUUUACCACACUAUGGCUAUUGGAAAUCUGACAACUGUUGGCAUUUUUGCGGGCACAUCUAUAAUAUGGAUGUUGUUGCAGUGGAAUUCACAUCAACCAGUCAAGAGUAAGCAUUUGUAAAAGUGAACUUGAGAGUUGGCUACCACAAUUCUUCCUUGAAGCAGAAGAGUGCAUCAAUUUUCUUGCAAUCCUUUGUAUUCUUGCUUCCAAUUAUACUGUAAUGGGUGCAUCAGUAAGCACUUACUAGUUAAGCUUAUAAAGAAUCUCACUGUCUUGGCUUAAGCUAACUGAAUCAGCAUAUGAGUAUGCACCUCUAUCCAAAUUAUACUGUUUUGCCUAUUAACUCUUUCUGACUGGCCUCUGAAGUAUUGUAAACCAUGUAACAAUUCCUUUAUCUGCUGCAAUCAUUGUGCAAUGGAAUUUUCAGAUAUUUCUCGAA